AUGGCCGAGUCUGCAGUUUCCUUCGCUGUCGAAAGAAUUGGCGACGCACUCCUUCAAAAAGCAAUUUUCUUGAAAGGGGUGCAUGAGCAAGUCGAUCGGAUGCAGAGAGAGCUGAAGCGGAUGCAAUGCUUCUUGAAAGAUGCGGAUGCAAAGCAGCAAGAAGAUGAGAGGGUGCGCCACUGGGUUUCUGAGAUCCGGGAUGUUGCUUAUGAUGCUGAGGACGCUAUAGAUGCCUUUAUCUUCAAUGUAGAGUCUGGAAGGACAAAGUUCUUCCCCUGCCGCAUGUUCAAAAAGCUGGUGAGUUCUUGUAAGGUUGGCAAGGAAAUUGAAGCCAUCCAAAUUAAGAUCCAGGACAUCUCGAAGAGUCGGGAAACGUACGGAAUCAAUAGCAUUGGAGAAGCAAUUAGCCAAGCAGGUCAGAGGCUACAAAAGCUAAGAUAUAUCUCUCCUCUUGUAAAAGAAGAGAUUAUUGUGGGCCUCAAGGAAGACACUGAUAAGCUCGUGGAGGAGCUUGUGAAAGGGGAUGAAAGACGCCGUGCCGUUUCUAUGGUAGGAAUGGGUGGCAUAGGCAAAACUACUCUAGCCAAAAAAGUCUACAACGAUAGCCGAGUCAUGGAUCAUUUUCGGUUUUGUCGUGCCUGGGCUUAUGUAUCCCAAGAUUGUAGACCCAGAGACGUUUUCCAGAAUAUCCUAAACCAAAUUCCCUAUAACCCAACUGGAGAUGAAGCAAGGAAGAUAGAGAAAAUGCAAGAGCACGAGUUCGGGGAUUUCCUUCACGAGCUUCUGAAGGAGCAAAGAUUUUUGGUAGUUUUGGAUGACGUAUGGGAAAGUGACGAUUGGGAACGUCUUGCAAAGGCGUUCCCAAAGGAGAGCAAUGGCAGCAGAUUACUUCUUACAACUAGAAAGAACGAUGUUGCUUUGCAAGCAGAUGCUCAAAGUGUUCCCUACGAAGUGCAACUUCUCUCAGAAGCAGAGAGUUGGAAGUUGUUUUGUAGAAGUGCAAUCCCUGGCAAUUUUACCGAGAUUUGUCCUCCAGAGUUAAAGGAACUUGGGGAAAAGAUGGUGAAGAAAUGUGCUGGUUUACCAUUGGCUAUUGUUGUAUUGGGAGGCUUGUUGUCAUCCAAAAAGCAGUUGCCGACUAUGUGGGAAGAAGUGUUCAACAAACUCCGGGCGCACUUCGCAGAAAGCAAUGGAGUAGAUGCAAUAUUGAGCUUAAUAGCCAAUCGCCUUUUUUAUGCAUAA